AUGUUGACAAAAAGAAUCCCCAACAGGGAGAGACUGACCGCAGAGGACGAUGCCCUCAAUCAAAUUGCUCGGGAGGCUGAGGCGAGACUGGCAGCGAAGCGGGCGGCCAGAGCAGAGGCACGGGAGAUACGUAUGAAGGAACUGGAGAGGCAACAGAAAGAGAUGUAUCAAAGCCAGAAGAAAUACUAUGGUCUGGACAACAAAUGGGGCCACAUUGAGCAGUGGAUGGAGGAGAGUGAGAGGUACUCCUCCCGUCCUUCACGGAGACACACGUCGAUCUCAGACGAUGAGGAACGGAUGUCGGUGGGGAGCCGAGGAAGCCUUAGGAAAAACUUCUCAUCUGAUCUGUACUGCAGCUCCAACAGUCUCCCCUCUCUCAGACAUCAAAAUUCCACUCAAAAUGGCCGGCCCUCCAUGCUCUUUAUUGAUGGCCCACGCACCCAGAGUCACAGGGGCUCUGUGUGUGAUGACGCUGUGCAGAGUAGCAAACGGCGCUUUAGUGGCUCCGUCUCUCGCGGUCCUUCGGACUACAGUGGUUUUCUGGGCUCCAACUCUCGGGCCUCGUCCAGGGCCAGCUCUGCCCGUGCCAGCCCAGUGGUGGAGGAGAGAUCAGACAGGGACUUCCUGGAAAAGGGUUCCAGGACUGCCUCUACCCUCUCAGCAGCCACCCUAGCAUCGCUGGGCGGGCCCUCCUCUCGCAGAGGCAGCUGUGACACCUCCAUCUCAGUAGAGACAGAGGCCUCCAUUCGAGAGAUAAAGGACUCCCUGGUGGAGUCUGAGGAGAAGUACCGUAAGGCCAUGGUGUCCAACGCUCAGCUACACAACGAGAAGUCCAACCUCAUGUACCAGGUGGACACGCUGAAGGAGUCGCUCAUUGAGCUGGAGGAGCAGCUGUACGAGUCUAAACGAGAGUACAAUGACAAGGCCAAGGAGCUUGAGAGGGAGAGGCAUGCCCACAGUGUUCUGCAGCACCAGUUUAACCAGAUGAGAGAGACGCAAAAAAAGAGUGAAGAACUGCUAACCGAGGUGGGCCAGCUCCGUCUCAAACGGGACAGCUGUGUUAGGGAGAUCUCCGACCUGCAGGAGACCCUCGGGUGGAAGGAGAAAAAGAUUGGGGCCUUAGAGAGGCAGAGGGAAUUCUCGGACGCCGGCGUGCGGGAUGAGCGGGAUAAGCUCAGGGAUCAGGUGGUCCACCUCAAAGACACUCUGAAGAAAAAUGGGAUAGUGCUGUCGCCUGAAGUAACCACCAAUGGGGAUGCAGGACAGAUGAUUGACGGGCCUCUCAGUGCAGACUCUGCCUCCCGAUUGGCUCAGGAGUCCCAGCCAUCUCAUGGUGGGGAGAGCAUGCUUGGCAAAGCACCAGAGAUGCAGUUGGACCAUGGCGAGGUGAGGACACCAGGGGGAAGUAGACUUCUACAAGAGGCUGACAACUACUCACAUGACCAGGAGAGGGCACUACUGGAGGUAGAAUCUUCAGACAAGUUGAAGCAAGACAAGUUGAAUGACAGCCUGCAGCAACAAACAGACUCUGAAGCAGAGCAGUCCAAAUACUGUGACCAAGAGACCCAGGUGGAUGCUGUUGCACGUGAAGAAGCCAUUUUGGUGCAUUUUGGUGACAAAGAGACUCAGGUUGAAUAUGAAAUAGGGCAACCCCAAUACUGCGACACAGAAACCCUGGUUGGACCUGCUGAACUUGAGGAAGCCAUUUUGGUUCAAAAGGAAAAUACAGAUGGUGGCGGUGACAAUGGAGAUGGGGUGAAUCAAAGAGGUUUUGAACCAGAAUCUCUGGAACAGGCAGAGAAUGAGGAAAACAGUGGAGAAAGUGACAAGGAAGCUGUACCAGUCAGCGGUGGCACUGACGGACAAUGUGAGGAAAACACAAACCUUGAGAAUGGACAGGAAAACACAGAGCUUCUCACAGCUAUAUCUACUGACUUUGAAGAACAGGAAUUCUCUGGCCCAACUCUCUGUGUUGAGACAGAGGCCACUCUUAGUCAAAUCCAAAAUGAAUCUCAAAGUGACCUGCAAGGAGAGAACACCCAGGAGUAUGAUCCUGGGACUAAGGAUCAAGUCAUUCCAGAACACUCAAGGAUCACGGAAUCUGAGAUGAUUAAGAUGAUUCUGAGGAUUUCUGCAUUUCUAGGGGAGGCGAAGACCAGCACAGAUCAGAUCUCUCAGGGAUCAUUAAACGAUACAGAAAAAGUUGGGAUGAAGAACAAUCCAGAGCAUCCUCCAGAGCAUCAGGCAGAGAUUGGCCAAGUAACAGCAGAUGUUCCAGUAGAUAUCUCAUCUACAGUCUCUAAUGAACUGUUCAUCUCUGAAUGUCCUGAUGAGGUUGGAACCAAGACAGAUCAGCCUAUAAUAAACACAUUAAGUGAACUUGAGAAAGAUAGACAGCAUUCUCUAGAACUUCAGCAACCUGAGAAUGAUUAUUUCAGUACAGAAAGCUCUGUGGAAAUCGUGCCAAAGAUCAGAGACUCUGACGGACAGAAAAUAUCUGAGAGGGUUGAAGAGGUGGAGACGAGCUCAGUGGAGAGCAAGCCAGAUAAGUUCUGGCAGGAAUCUCUACGUGAUGUGAAGGAAGAUGAAGCCAAUAUUAAAGAGCUUCAGGCAAAGAAGCCCACAUCCACUAUCUCGGACGAAAAGGUAACACCUAUCAUAACAGAGGAGGGAAAUACUAGACUAGACGAACAGGUGAUCCCUGAUUUACCAGAGAGGUUAGAGAGCAGCUUAGAAAAAUACCUUAGUGAUCAAGUACUGACGGAAAACUCAGUGGAUGUAGAUCUAACUCAGGGGAUCACCAACUCUAGUGGAGAGGCUAUCUCUGACAGGACAGAGGAGGUAGAGCCCAGUCCAGACAGGAUCCAGUCAGAAUCACCCAGUUGUGUAGAGAGAGAAGAGGGGAACAUCUAUGAGGAGAACAUCCAUGAGGAGAACCUCCAGCAGGAAGCCAUUCAGGAGGAGCAACAGACAGAACAGGGGGAGGCUUCAACAAAGCUCAGACUGAGGAAAAUAGUUGAUGAGAGGGAGAGUUUAGCUGAUCAGGUGAAGAGGCUGAAGUCUCAGCUGGAGGGGAAACAGAGGAACGGGACAGAGGGUUUGAGUCCUGAGGAGGACGGACUUGAGAACGGCAUGGACCCCCACAUCCUCGACUUACAGAGGGAUGCCAACCGGCAAAUCAGUGACCUCAAGUUUAAACUGGUCAAAUCAGAACAGGAAGUCACAGCCCUAGAACAGAAUAUCAUCCGGUUGGAGGGUCAGGUGACUCGCUACAAGUCGGCCUCUGAGAGUGCAGAGAAAGUAGAGGACGAGCUCAAAGUGGAGAAACGCAAGCUACAGAGAGAGCUGAGGUCUGCCCUGGACAGGAUCGAUGAGCUGGAGGCCAGUAACAGCCACCUGGCCAAGCGCCUGGAGAAGAUGAAGGCUAAUCGGAGCGCCCUAUUGGCCCAGCAGUGAUGUACUUAUUGGUUGUCAUGGCUAUGUGCAUCUCUGACCUCCCUACGACCUUUGAUCUAUCAGGCCCUCUAAUAACACACACCCAGACAAUUCAAACCAAGCGAGGACUUGCUGGAGCAAAAGCUUCAAUUAGAUAAAUCCACACAUAUUGUAAUCACAGUUCAUUCAGUGUUGUGCCCAUCUGUACAGUAUAUAGAACAACAGCAAUCCAGUGAUUCACCAAGAGACUCAGAGAAACCGAGGGAACGUCUUACUGACCCUGGGAACACUCCUCACUGACUGCGACCUGGGCUGGACUCCUCAACUAACUUGUGAAGGGGGAAUAUUCUGCACAAACGGACAGCAAAGAGGACCUAUCCUCCUCCUAUAGCUCUUAAGAGGACCUAUCCUCCUGCUAUAGCUCUUAAGAGGACCUAUCCUCCUGCUAUAGCUCUUAAGAUGACCGAUCCUCCUGCUAUAGCUCUUAAGAUGACCGAUCCUCCUGCUAUAGCUCUUAAGUCACCCUGUGCCAUGAUGACCCCUAAAGCAUCUCUUCCCAAUCAUUAAUCUCUCUCUGUUCUCUAGAACACGUGGCACUAUUUCUCUGUGCUACUUGGGGUUUAUGUCUGCUCCAGCAAGCUUAUCCAUCCACGGAGAGGAGGAAAGACUUAAAAAGGCAGGAAUGGACUGGUGUGUGUUUCAUGUAUAUUCUUCUUUUAUUGUCUAUAUAUAUAUAUAUAUAUAU